AUGGACAGCCCAACCCAAGCCAGCCCACACCCUACCAAACCCAUACCAACCCAGCCCAACCCAAGCCAGCCCACACCCUACCAAACCCAACCCAGCCCAACCCAAGCCAGCCCACACCUUACCAAACCCAACCCAGCUCAACCUAAGCCAGCCCACACCCUACCAAACCCACCCCAGCCCAACCCAAGCCAGCCCACACCCUACCAAACCCAUACCAACCCAGCCCAACCCAAGCCAGCCCACACCCUACCAAACCCAACCCAGCCCAACCCAAGCCAGCCCACACCCUACCAAACCCACCCUAGCCCAACCCAAGACUGCCCACACCCUACCAAACCCACCCCAGCCCAACCCAAGCCAGCCCACACCCUACCAAACCCACCCCAGCCCAACCCAAGCCAGCCCACACCCUACCAAACCCAACCCAGCCCAACCCAAGCCAGCCCACACCCUACCAAACCCAUACCAACCCAGCCCAACCCAAGCCAGCCCACACCCUACCAAACCCAACCCAGCCCAACCCAAGCCAGCCCACACCCUACCAAACCCAACCCAGCCCAACCCAAGCCAGCCCACACCCUACCAAACCCACCCCAGCCCAACCCAAGCCAGCCCACACCCUACCAAACCCACCCCAGCCCAACCCAAGCCAGCCCACACCCUACCAAACCCACCCCAGCUCAACCUAAGCCAGCCCACACCCUACCAAACCCAACCCAGCUCAACCUAAGCCAGCCCACACCCUACCAAACCCAACCCAGCUCAACCCAAGCCAGCCCACACCCUACCAAACCCAACCCAGCCCAACCCAAGCCAGCCCACACCCUACCAAACCCACCCCAGCUCAACCCAAGCCAGCCCACACCCUACCAAACCCACCCCAGCCCAACCCAAGCCAGCCCACACCCUACCAAACCCAACCCAGCCCAACCCAAGCCAGCCCACACCCUACCAAACCCAUACCAACCCAGCUCAACCCAAGCCAGCCCACACCCUACCAAACCCAACCCAGCCCAACCCAAGCCAGCCCACACCCUACCAAACCCAACCCAGCCCAACCCAACUCAACCUAAGCCAGCCCACACCCUACCAAACCCAACCCAGCUCAACCCAAGCCAGCCCACACCCUACCAAACCCAACCCAGCCCAACCCAAGCCAGCCCACACCCUACCAAACCCACCCCAGCUCAACCCAAGCCAGCCCACACCCUACCAAACCCACCCCAGCCCAACCCAAGCCAGCCCACACCCUACCAAACCCACCCAACCCAACCCAAGCCAGCCCACACCCUACCAAACCCAACCCAGCUCAACCCAAGCCAGCCCACACCCUACCAAACCCAACCCAGCCCAACCCAAGCCAGCCCACACCUUACCAAACCCAACCCAGCUCAACCUAAGCCAGCCCACACCCUACCAAACCCACCCCAGCUCAACCCAAGCCAGCCCACACCACAAAACUGCCCUACAAAACAUGCCCACACGGACAGCAAGGGCGUGGGCGUGGGUAUGGGCCGUAGGUGUGGGGCUAAAACUAGUGCUGGGGGCGUGAGAUGGGUGGUCCAGCUGACGCGGCAAACGGCUCUCACCAUCACGACACGCAACCCUCACCCCCCAUGGCACUCAACUCUCACCCCCCAUGGCACUCAACUCUCACCCCCCAUGGCACUCAACUCUCACCAUCACGGCACUCAACUCUCACCAUCACGGUACUCAACCCUCACCUCAUCUCCUCUCCCUCAUCGCCUGACACCCAACCCUCACCUCAGCCUCUCCUGA